AUGUCGCAUGAAUGUUCGCAGGCGUCCAUGGCGACGGCGUGCGACUGCAUCUACCAGCUAGUGCAGCAGCGACAGGCGGAUGCGAAACAGCUCGACGACCUGGCGAAGCAGCGACACCGGCUCAUGUGCGACCUGGCGACGGCGGAGAGUCGCUCGGAUCGUCUAGAAGACGAGCUGGAAGUCGCAAGGCGAAAAAUCCAGUCGCUUACAGCGCAGGAGCAAAAAGCGGCGGCGGAGUUCAAGGCGCAGAUCAAGAAGUUAAGAGCAGAGAGGGACGAGCUCAGCAAGCAUGUCAUCGCCCUGCAGCAAGUGAAGGCGCAGCAGGCGUUCGAGCUGCGCAAGGAGAAGCGCGAGUUUGUGAAGCUGCAGGAGAAGCUCGCGUCUUGCGUGGGGGGCAAGCGCACGCCCCCCAGGCAGCCGGGAGUGGAUAUUGUCAACCUCAAUCCCCAGUCAGAGGGCAGGCAGAGGGCCACAUGGGGCGGGAAGAAGUCAGAUAGCAACUUUUACAAGCGCAUGAUGGAGGCGCAUGAGAGGCAGCUGAGGGCAGUGGGGGAGGACAGCAAGCAGCUCAUGGCAGUCAUUCGCUCCAUGCAGACGGACCUCCAAUCACUCAUUAGCGAGUACAGCAAGGGCCUGCCCUCGUCAGUAGGAGAAGGGCAGCAGAAGGAAAGGAGGCAUGAGAAGAGUUUCGAGGAGGAGGGAAGCAGAAGGGACGCGAAAGAGGAGGAUAGAGGGAGUGAGUGUGGUUCGGAGAGGGAGGAGGAAGUGGAAGAAGAGGAAGAGGAAAACAUGGACGUGUACGCCCUGCCACCCAACAUGGCCUGUCCACACAUCAUGGAUCUGCACCAACGCAUUGUGACGGCCAUGCGUGAUCUCGUCCAGAGAGCAGCGCAGCAGCAGGCAGCCUCUGCUGCAGUGGGUGGUGGCUGUACCGGAGGGGACAGUAACGAGAUGGCUGCUCUGAGAGAAGAGCUGGAGGCGUGCAGAGAGCGUUUGGCCGAGCAGGAGCUCCUGAUAUGCAACUACAUGCACACCCCAGG